AUGUCUUCCGAUACAACUUCUGGUGAUGCCGCCCUCGACAUAAAUACUGCUCAUGAUUUAAGCGUGCAGCCGGUGACGUCAAAGCCGAGACGGAAGAGACAUGCCCCUAAGGUCAGGUCCGGCUGUGUCACAUGCAAACAACGUCGGAUCAAAUGUGAUGAGACCAAGCCGGUGUGUAAAAGAUGUGCUGUAAGCGACCGCGAGUGCGCUGGCUAUCAAGUUCCCAAAGCUCUGGUGUUUGGGCUAGUCAACGACAAGGAGGAACAAUGGAGCUUCUACUAUUUCCGAGAUCGCACUUCGGCGGAGCUAUUGACCUUCAUGGACCACCGCUUCUGGAACACUCUGGUCAUUCAAGCAGGCCAUGUGCGACCCAUUGUCAGACACGCUUUGAUGGCCAUCGGAUCCUGGCAUGAGGCUGUCGAUCACGAGGAUUAUGCUCGACGACGAGACCGGCAACAAUUCGCCCUCCAGCAGUACAACAAAGCCAUUGGCUGUGCAUUAAAGGCAGACGGCCAAGGCGAAAUCGAUGAACUCCUUUUGGCCAUCAUUCUAUUCGCCUUUUUCGACAACAUCCGCGGCGAAUGGGCCACCUCGCUUACUCACCUACAAUCCGGCCGGAGAAUAAUGUCCAAUGCGAAUAAGAUGGCUCGACAAGUUGAAUCUUCACGAUCUUGGUCGAGCACCGUGCAAAGGCAUGUAGCACCUAUCUUUGACUCAGUUCACCAGGCCGUUGCCUGUUCAAUGCCACUCUUGUCUCGAUGUCUGCCAAGCGAUGGGGUCGCUUUACCAUCGAAGCUCAAAAGCUUGCGCGAUGCUCGGUAUCAUCUGCACGAAAUCCUUCACACAAUCAGCGAGAAAUUGGACGACACAUACGAGAAUUUCCCUUGGCCCACUUCCGACACGAAGACGAUCCUUGAAGGUCGGCAAGUACUUUGCCAGUGGCAUGACACAUUCCAAACAUAUCUCUCUCAGGCCAAAAGGCACUGCUUGUGCUCGGGAGCUUCGUCCACAUGUCAUUUUGAGCUGGGCAUGUAUCACAUACAAAUGCAAUAUCUAUUUGGCCGAUUGAGACUCGAGUGCGAACCAUUUCGACAAGAGACGUCGUUUGAUGCACUGAAUCAUCGAUUUGAAGAGUUGGUCCGAUUUGCCGAGCUAUUUCUGCAAGCCUUGGGUCGGGAUGAUGCAGUGGGGGCGCAACAAUGUGUUGGAUUCGGAGUAGACUAUAUUGGGGUGAUGAGCAUGGUGGCCUUACGGUGCCGUGACCCGCGGAUUCGACGAGAGGCCGCUGACGUGGUACGUCGAGGCUACGCAAUCACAAAACACCCAGCUCAUUUGUACGUGCCCGAACUUUGCGGCUACCUCACCAAGCUGGAGGAAAUGAAAGCGACAGUACCUUCCCCACAGCAUUGUUCUCAGAUCCCCAACACUGCUCGAGUGCACAUCGUCAGUUCAAAUCUAUUCAUUUGGGAUGAGGCUAAUCAGACGUACGACAUGUAA